AAUAGAAAUGUCAUUCUCUGCAACAUCUUUUCCGACGUUAAAUUUUGAUCAACCGCUCAUUGAUUUUGUUCAGUUGGAUUCUUUGGUUGUAAUGAAGAUAGUUAAACAUGGUGAUAUUGAAUUCUAUGCGGGAAUGUCUAAAGUUGCCGGCGAAACUUGUCAAGGAAUUCUUACUGGAUUAAUUUCUAUAGAAGAAAAGGAGAAAAAGCUGGAAAUUACUAAUUGGUAUUUUAAUUUAAAAAUCUUUAAGUAA